GUGCGGGAGGCCGCCCUGUCCAGCCAGUGGGCUGGGGAACAGGUCUGGCCCCAGGUACGGGACGCAUCCUGGGCGCCUGCCCUGGCCCUCCCCAGCCCCCACGCCGUCCUGCGGCCUGGCAGCCAGGGGCAGAGCUGAAAUUUAACUCAGUUCUGAAAGGGAAAAAAGUGAAAGUGCAUUCUUGAAGCACUGAUUUAACGAGGUUGGGGGGUAGUCCCAGAAAGGGGGGGGGAGAGGAAAGCGUAUCUGCCUGGGGUCUGAGGGGCGCAGCCAGGGGCCGGGCUGUAGGGUCGUCCCCGAGCAGAGCACAGAGUCUGAGGGCCCAGCCACCAGCAGAGCCCCUCUGUCCCCACCUGCUGGGCCUGUACUGGGGUCAGGUCCUCGGAGAAACUCUGGCCUUUCAGAGGAUGGGGCUGGACACCAGGUGGACCAGACCGCGGGUGGGGGGUGGGCUGGACGCGGCCUUUGUUGUGGUCGGCUGGAGUCGGCACAGGGCCUGAGCCCCUCCCUCCAGCCUCUGUGGGUGGAAGGUGCCGGAAAACUCGAAGAGCUGCUCUGUCCGGCUCUCUGGGCCCAGGCAAAGCCUGUGCAGGGACAGAGGGACAGGCGGUGUGUCUGGCGGUGUGGGGACCUGGGUCUGGCCCCAGGGUGUCUCCGGGACAAGGCGCCCAGGGUCUCUUGGCUGCAAACAGGGCCAGGUGUGGGCCCUGGCCAGGGAGGGGGCCGCAGGGCCACCUGCUUCCCCACCCCCCCACUCCAAACACCCCGUCCAGAUGGGCCCCGCAGGCACGGGGGUGGGGAGGGUGGGGAGUGGUGGCGUCUCCAGCCGCUCUGGAGCCGGACCCUGGCCAGCCCCAGCCAGGCAGCCCGCCCCGCUGGCACCCCCUGCCCCCGGAAGAGGAGGCUGUCCUGCCUUGGAAGGACUGCUGGGGCUGCGUCCUGGGGACAGAGGUCCAUUGUCCCGCGGCAGCCGCCAGCCUCAGACACACACACACACAGACAUACACACUCACGCACACACUAGGGGCUGGGCCUGACAUGCAGGCGUUUCUGUGGGACCAGAAAGGUCCCUGACCUGGCGUGGACCACCUGGCCUGUCCCUGCAGCCCCUGGCCCCUGGGCCCCGCAGGCACUGCCCCAGGGGCUCACCCUGGGGUCCCUGCCUUCCCACAGACCCCCACAGAGCGGGCUGAAGACUCGCACCAGCCCCUGCCCCCACCUCAGGCCCUGAGUGCCCUGCCAGUCCCCGCCUGAGCCCUGCCGGGCGGCCCCAGACCCAUCGGGCAGCCGUGGCCAUCUUACUGGGCAGCAUUGGAUGGUGUCUGGUCUCUAAUACUGCCUGGUAAUGAUGACGGCGGAGCCCUGCACGCAGCACCGGGGCCGCCCGCCCUCCUGGCCCUGCCCCGUCCCGCCUACAGCUUCCAGGUGGGGCUCCAGGGAGAAACUGGACCUCGGGGCCGGGGUCUCUGGGCACCCCUUCUCAGCCCCCAGAAUGAAGGCUUCCUGCAGCUGCCUGAGGAUGCCGGGCCGCCAUCUGGGACCAGACGCUCAGGUGUCUGGGCAGGUGCCCCUGCCCCACCCAGCAGGUGCGGGCCGAGUGGGGCCCACAGGGCGAGGCCCGGCUGGAGUCGCCUGCCAGAGGCCUCACCUAGAACCACCGCACCUGGCGGGGCGUGUGCCCACCGGUGGGCAGCCCACCCUGCCCGGCUGGCUGUUCCCGGCCACCAGCCGCCUUCCCCUCCUGCCGGCGGGUGGGCAGGAGCGGCAGGCAGCACCUCGGCCGGGUCCCCGGACAGCUCUGGAGAGAGCAGGGAGGGGGCUCGCGUGGUCUCAGGCCCCCCAACCUCUCCCCACUGGCCCUGCCCCACCCAGCACAGCCCUGGCUGCUCCACACCUGGUCGACACCGGCUCCCCCGCCCGCCCUGCAGGUCGGGGCCUGCGUCUGCCCGCCGUCCUGGGCCUCUGUGGGCAUCUUACCGGACAGUGCUGGAUUUCUCCGCUCAGCUCUAACACUGUCUGGUAACGAUGUUCAAAGGUGACCCACCACCCCCCGGGAGACGCCCGGGGCUGCGCCGUUCCAACGUCCCAGACUCCAGGGCUGAGCCGGGGCCGGCAGAGGGGCUGUCUCCGCACUGCAGCCUGGUGCACAGAGAGGGGCCCAGGCAGGGUUUGGGGGCGACCCGGCUCCAGGAGAGACCAGCGGGGCCGGGACACUGAGUCUGGAGGACGCGCUCAGCGGGGCUGGGACCCGCACACGGCCAGGCCCGACUCCACCCGGGGUCCCUGGGGGUACAGGAAGGGCCAAGGUGGGUUCAGGUUCCCAAGCCCCGACACCCAGGCGUGGGGGGACUAAGGACAAGCAGUGUCCGUUCCCUCCCCAGGCUGGGAUCACCACUGCGUGUCCUUUUGAUCGGAGGCCAGGAAGCCUGCGGCCCUGCGAGAGGCCCGGUGGGGGCGGGGAGGCCGCCGUCCUGGCCUCGCUGUUACCUAUUAACCUGCCCGAGAGCCGUUCAGGAAACCAGCCAGGCGCCGUGGCCAGUUCUGCCAGGAGUGGGGCAAGGUGACCUGCUCCACGGCCGAGGCUGGAGGGGGGCUGUCAGGGCUGUCAGGAAAGCAGCCCUGGGGCGACCCGGGAGGUCCGGCCACGGCAGGGGUGGGAGCCCCCCAGCGCCUUCCCGACAGGCGCAGACACCAGCCCAGGCCCCGGAGGCCCCCUGCACCUGCUGCCUCCGAUGGGCGUCUUACCAGACACGGUUAGAUCUGGACCCUCUGUCUAAUACUGUCUGGUAAUACCGUCCGUCCACGGCCAGAUCCCCGCUGGAAGAGACCCCCCCACCAGCCCCCCCGCAACCCUCGCGGGACACCAGGCACAAUGCAGGGCCCAGGGCUCUCCUGUCACCAGGGCACAGGCCAUGGCUGGAGCCCGCGGGGCCUCCCCGACCCAGGGUGGCUUUCUGACCCAGCCACAGGGGGGUGUUGGUGUGACAAGG